AUGUUAUCUCAGUUACCACAGGAAAUUAUUGAAAUUAUACUUAAUAAUCUUCAUCAAGAUGAAUUACUUCAAGUUUCUCAAGUUAAUAAAUAUUUCAGAUCAUUAACUUUACCGAGAUUAUUUUCUGUUGUUUUGAUAGAUUCAAGUCCUAAAUUAUUUAGAAAAGAUACUGAAUCAUUAAAACAAUAUCAAGAAUUAAGAGGUGUAUUUAAAUUAGAAGAUAAAUUUGUUCGUGCUGUUAAUAUAUCUUCAGUUUAUUGUUUAAAAUUAUUUUUCAAAUUAUUAGUUGAUAAUCCAGAAUAUGGGAAAUUCAUCAGAAUAAUUCAUGUUGAAAAUCUACCUGAUAUUCCUGAUUUAGAUAUGUUUGGUUUUUUAAAAACAAGUUUGAAAUUCAUGUCAAGAUUGAAUGUAUUUAAUUGGAAUCAUGAAUAUCCCAUUCCAAUGUCUUUAUUUAUGAAUAAUCAUGAAUUGAUUGCAGUUAAUGGCAAUAUAACUAGUGAUGAAACCACAGAGUUUAAUAAUUUUAAAUUGAAUGAAGCUGUUGUGACUAAUAGUAAAUUUAAUGUUAAUAAUUUGGAAAAAAUCACUAUUAGAAAUAUAGAUAUGAAUGAAAUCACUGGUGAUUUGACAAAUUUAAAAUCAUUAACAAUAGAAAAUUGUACUAAUGAUUCAUGUUUCUUACUUAAUUUAGAUGUUAAUGCUCCACUUCUUGAAGAAUUAUCUAUAACUGUUGAUGAACAACCAUGCUUAACCAAAAUAUUCAGUUCUUUGACUUUGAAAACUUUGAAAUUAUCUAUCCUUAAUCAUUGUAAUAUCAUUCGAGUUAGUCAAAUUUUGAAAAAUAUUAAUAACAAUAUAUCAAGAUUAGAAAUAACUAAUCAACUUGAUAGAUCAAGUUUUAAAUUAUUACUGAAAUUUCAUAAUUUGAAUUAUUUACAUGUUUCAAUACUUGAAAAAGAUAUUUAUGAAUUACUAUCAGUUUUAAAUCAUGUUAAAUUUUUAUCAUUAAAUAUUCUUGAAGCUACUGAAAGAAGAAAUUGUUUAAUUGCUAAUGAAUAUUGGGAUUGUUCAACAAUGAUUGAUGAAAAUCAAAUCAAAUAUACUGAUUUUACAUUAGAAUAUCAUAGAAAAUUAUCAUAUUUAAAAUGGAUCCGAUUUCAAGGAAAUGAUAAUACAUAUAUUUUUGAAUGUAAUCAAAUUGAUCCAAUAAUUUAUAGAGAAGGAUUCCAUCAUUAUUUUGAUAAUUUAGUAAAUACAUUAAUAUAA